AUGUCCGCCGGCGGCCAACACGGCGGCCAGCCAGAUGCCAUGGCGCAACUGCGAGCACAGGGCCCUCCCUACCCCCCUCAAGGCGCCUCCCUCGGCGGCAUGCCAACCACGACGCUCGACAUCCCCGUCUCCGCCGUCCUCGCCUUCGUCUUCGCCCUGUCGGCCGCCGUCAACAUGACCAUGUUCCAGCUCAACAAGCACCGCGGCCACAAGUUCGUCUUCUCCGCCGUCCUUUUCGGCUUCUCCAUGGCCCGCGUCUCCUCAAACCUCAUGCGCAUCGUCUGGGCCUGCUACCCGCGCAACGCCCGCGUCGCCAUUGCCGCCUCCAUCCUCGCAAACGCCGGUGUCAUUGCCCUCUUCAUCGUCAACCUCUUCUUUGUCCAGAGGGUUCUGCGUGCUUUCCAGCCCCGUCUUGGAUGGAGUCGGCCUGUCCGCAUCGCUUUCCGCUCCCUCAUCGCGUCCGUCGUCGCGUGCCUCGUCAUGGUCAUCGUCUCCAUCGUCUACAGCUUCUACACCCUCGACCCGUCCAAGCACGCCCAGCUCCGCGACGUCCAGCUCGUCGCCGUCGUCUUCCUCGCCGUCCUCGCCUUCCUCCCCAUCCCCAUCGCCCUUGUCGCCAUGCUGCUGCCCCGACGCGGCCACUCGGUCGAAAACUUUGGCUCCGGCACGAUGCGCACAAAGGUCCGACUGCUGCUCUUCACCUCCCUCAUCCUCACUCUCGGAGCCGGCUUCCGCGCCGGCGUCGCCUUUGUCCAGCGGCCCGCCGACAGCCCGGCCUGGUUCCACCACAAGGCCUGCUUCUACUGCUUCAGCUAUCUCAUCGAGCUUAUCGUCGUCUUCACCUACGUCGUCUCCCGCUUCGAUCGCCGCUUCCAUAUCCCCGACGGCAGCAGCCAGCCCGGCCACUACUCAACCGGCGUCCCGGCCGCCGAAAAGAAGUCGGCCAACUACGACGGCUUUGCCAGUGACGACCAGCAAGGGCAGCAAAUGGCCUGGGAUGAGAGGCUCCGGGGUGACAUCGCGCAGCAGCGUGAGGCCUCGGCGCGGGGGUAA